AUACUACAUACUACAUACCACUCUGCGACUGACAUUCAAUCUCAUUGUAACACAUAUUCACCUGUUGGCAAUUCGACUAUGGCGACCUCCUACGAGCCUUUCAAUCAGACUUUCAAAGUCGCACUGAUCCAGCUAUACCCCAAGGCGCUCGACCCGGAACACAACUUCAACACAGCAGCAAAUUACAUCCGCGAUGCCGCCGUCCAAGGCGCCUCCCUCGCCGUGCUGCCUGAGUACCACCUCACAGGCUGGGUUCCCGACGACCCCAAGUUCACCGACCUCGCCCAGACGGCCUACUCCUACGUCCCUCGCUACCAGGCUCUCGCUAGUGAAUUGAAAAUCAACAUCGUCCCGGGUACAAUUGUCACCGUCGACCCGAACCUCCCUCCUCCGGGCGCUAGCAACGGGACGACUCCAAACCCAUCAAAACCGCCCUCUCUUCUCAACAUUGCGCCCUUCAUCUCCUACACUGGUGAACUUCUGGGAAGCUACACCAAAGCCAACCUCUGGCUCCCCGAACGCAGGGUGCUGACAUCAGGUCCGGACUCAACACGCUCAUCUCACCAAUCACACGCCCCAGCGUCCAGCGAAGGUCCGCCCUCGACACCGCCAAAUCCGCACUCGAUCAUAGAAACGCCCCUCGGUCCCGUCGGGAUUGUGAUAUGCUGGGACCUCGCCUUUCCAGAGGCGUUCCGUGCGUUGGUCAGACAGGGUGCCAGGUUGAUAAUAAUCCCCACCUUCUGGACACGCGACGACUUGACUCCGGAAGCGCGCCGGUACGGGCCUGACGUCGACAUCAUGUUCCUCAAAAACGCCCUAGUAACACGGUCUUUCGAGAACACCUGUGCCAUUAUAUUCUGCAACGUGGGUGGACCAUCUGAGGAAGACUAUGCUGGUCUAUCUCGUGUGGUGCUUCCACUUGUCGGUCCGGUUCACGGCAGUUUCGAGGACAAUGAGCCUGGGAUGAAAAUUGUCGAAGUCGAUAUGAAGACAGUAGAUAUUGCCGAGGAAAAUUAUAAGAUCCGCGAAGACCUAGCGAAUCCUUCCUGGCAUUAUGGUUACGAGAUCGGGAAGUGAAUAUGUCAAUAAUUGAGGCUGACAAUAACGUUAUGUUCUGCAUUGGUAUCCGACGGGAAUGCGGUCGCCGACAUGACAAGGCAAGUUUGCCCUAGGCUAGUCCAAUCGAAAGGAACAUGACAUGGUCAGUUUCGCAGAAUUGAAAGAGCCACGACGAUUAAACGAGGUAGUCUUUGAAAUUCAGUUGUUUGAACAUACAGUGUUUCAGCAC